AUGCUCCUCUCUGCCCAGAGCCGCGCUGCCAUGAGGCCUGCGGGACCUCAGGCACGCCUGAUGUCUGUACGCCCCACCGUGGCCCGGAACAUCAGGGCGCGCGCGAGCGAGCCGUCUGGCGUCGAUGCUGAGGAGCUGCAGAGGAAGCUGGAGCGUGUAAGCUCCGACAUCAAGGAGAAGUGGGAGAAGACUGACGACAAGCCUGGGGCUGUCCUGGUGAUCGGCGGCACUGUGGUCGCCGUGGCGCUGGCCUUCAACCUUGUCAACGCCAUCGACAAGAUCCCCGUCGUCAGCGACCUCAUCGAGCUGGUCGGCAUCGGCGUCACUGGCUGGUACCUGACCGUUGGGCCCGACAGGGACGAGCUCUUCAUUAGCAUCAAGGAGUUCUUCGGCAAGGUCUACAAGUUCUGA